CAGUCACUCUUUAUUCUCCCUUGCUGACCCAUCACGGCCACAGGGACGUCAUUCAUUUAUUACACUCUUUUGAUUGGACCUCUGUUAAUACAUCAUGAGACACGCCUUUUUUGCCGGUCUUCUGGCCGUCCCGGCUUCUGUGUGCGCUGUUGCCCUUACAGGCUACGAGUACAUUGUCGUUGGCUCGGGUGCUGGAGGAGGACCUCUUGCUGCUCGCCUGGCAUUGGCUGGCCACAAGACACUUCUCAUUGAAGCUGGUGAUGACUACGCCUCGCUCAACUACACCGUCCCUGCCUACUCGGCCAAUGCCUCUGAGGAUCCCGAGAUCUCCUGGAACUUCUUUGUCCGUCACUACGCAGACGAUGAACGACAAGCUCGUGACUACAAGACCACUUACGAUACACCAGACGGAGAGUACACUGGUCUCAACCCCCCAAGGGCGCUGAGCUCAAGGUCUGACUUUGAGUACAUUGCCUCCCUCACCGGUGAUGAUUCGUGGUCGGCGGACAACAUGCGAAAGUACUUUGUCAAGGCUGAGGAUAACAACUACCGACCUGCUGGAGAGGCUGGCCACGGUUACGAUGGCUGGCUCAGCACUGAGACGGCUCCCCUUAGCAUUCCUCUCAACGACGAGCAGCUUCUGAGCAUCCUCAGCGGAGGUGCCGUUGCUUUGUCCGAGUUCAGUGGCAAGAACAUCACCAUGGACGGACUGAUUGCCGAUGACGCCAAUGCCGACACUCUAGCUCGUGAUCAGGAGGCUGGAUUCUACCAGAUCCCUCUGUCCACCAAGGACGCCAGCCGCAUCGGACCCCGUGAGCUCAUCCUCUCUGUACGAGAUGCCAAGCACGCGAACGGUACCAAGAAGUAUCCUCUCGAUGUCCGAACCAACUGCUACGUUACCAAGGUCACAUUCGAUGACUCCAAGCCUCCUCGCGCCAAUGGUGUUGAGUUCCUCGACGGCAAGCAUCUCUACAAGGCCAGCCCUCUUGCCACUGGUGCUGCUGGUGUCCCCGGCAAUGCCACUGCUUCCCGUGAGGUUGUCGUUGCUGGCGGUGUUUACAACACUCCCCAGAUCCUCAAGCUCAGCGGUAUCGGACCUGCUGAUGAGCUGAAGAAGUUCGACAUCCCUGUCAUCUCUGAUCUCCCCGGUGUUGGUACCAAUCUGCAGGACCACUACGAGAUUUCUGUCCAGGGAACUCUCGAAAACAACUUCACAUCUUUCGAUGGCUGCACCUUCGGUCUCUUCACUGAUGAAGACCCUUGCGUCGACCGCUGGAGAGCUCCCGUGGAUGGUGAUCACGGCAUCUACUCCUCUUCCGGCCUUGCUGCUUCCAUGUUUUACAAGAGUUCCACUGCUGAAAAGGACAACUUUGACAUCUUUGCCUUCGGUGGUCCCGUUAACUUCAGAGGAUACUUCCCCCAGUACGCUGUCAACGCCACCAUUGAGCACAACUGGUUCUCAUGGGCCAUCCUCAAGGCUCACCCUCGCAACAACGCUGGUGAGGUCCUCCUCCAGUCAGCCGAUCCUCUUGACAUGCCUGCAAUCACCUUCAACUACUUCGACACCGGAAAUGGUGACUACUCUGCCGAUCUCCAGGCCUUGUAUGAGGCUGUCGAGCUUACCAGAACCGCACUUGCCAGCCAGGCUGUCAAUGUCACUGAGGUUCUUCCUGGCCCGGAAGUCACUUCUCAAAAGGACAUCGAGACCUAUGUCAAGGAUGUUGCUUGGGGUCACCAUGCUUCCUCCACUUGCCCAAUUGGUGCUGAUGAUGAUAAGAUGGCGGUUCUCGACUCCAAGUUCCGAGUUCGAGGCGUCGCCGGUCUUCGUGUUGUUGAUGCUUCGGUUUAUCCUCGCAUCCCCGGUACCUUCACAGCUGUCUCAACCUACAUGGUUGCUGAGAAGGCCGCUGACAUCAUGCUGGCUGAGCUCGAGGAUUAG